AUGAGUCAGGGAUUAGAUAUUGAAGCCAUCAAAAAAGAAAUUCGUGAGCAGAUAUUAACAGAACUAAAGACACCAAAAGCCGAAGAAAAACCAGAAAAACCAAAAAGGAAAUUAAGUGAAAAGCAGUUAGCCGCAUUAGCUGCAGGAAGAGAGAAGAACCCGCGAAUGAAAGCAAAAAGAGAACGUGAGGCUAAAGAAAAGGCGGAAAAGGAAAAGGCUGAAUCCGUUGAGAAGAAAGAAUAA